UUCAUAUUUAUUUCCUAAAACCCCUAAUCCGCCUCAGCCUUCUUAAACCAACUACGCCGGCUCGCAUCAACACCGCCGCCGUUUCCGGCCGUCUGACGUCCUCCGCAAAUCCCCUAUUUAACUGAAAUCACGCCUUUCAGGAUUCAUCGGCUGAGUUUUUGAUUUGAAGUUCAACGCCACCUUUGAAUCCGACCACGAGGCCAAGUGUGAGAAUCAUAAGAAUGUAAUUGAUUUCCGGGGGGUAGACUUGGCCUUGAUGCUUGGAAGAUGUAUGAAUUAUGUUAACUCUUGGAAAGCAAUCUAGAGAGAAAGACUGUUUUACGAUCGAAAAGCUAGCAGAGAUCAUAGAUUGGCUCGAAACGACUGCAGCUAGUGUAGAAGUAAAGAACAUAGGCCAGUAUACUUUAUCUGGAAUCGAGCUGUAGUAAGCAUCUGUGAUCUUUUCUGGGUUCUUUGUCAGAUAAGCUGUUUCGCCAGCGUAUCGUUUUCUAUGGAACAGAUAAUGCCAGCAAGAUGGAAAGGAAAAGCAGCCGAAGCAAAAGCCCUAGCGGAACCCAUGUCCACAAUAGUUUAUCGGCUCCAAUCCUCUUUGAUCGAAUCCAAUUCUCAAGGAAUCCUUUCAGGGAGCAGCGUUCUUCUUGCAGCACACGAAGAACAAACGGAGCUUUUCAACCACGCAUGUUUCGGCCGUCCCGUUAUCACCACAGAGAAGAACAAGCAGUGGUUUCAACUAUGCCUCGAGGAAGCUUUUUACCUCUGCACCGUAAUGAAAUGCAUCAAGAUUGUAGGUCAAAAUAAUUGCGUAAAAAAUGAGGAAGAGCUGUGGGAUUACAUGUCGUCCAAGAGAGUGAAUUUCCCGAUUCUAUACAAAGCGUAUUCGCAUCUUCGUACGAAGAACUGGGUGGUUAGAGCGGGGUCUCAGUACGGUGUUGACUUUGUUGCUUACCGGCACCACCCAGCUUUAGUGCACUCUGAGUACGCGGUUAUUGCCACGUCCGAUGAAGAUGGGAAUGGAAAUCGGCGUUUGAAGGUUUGGUCUGAUUUUCAUUGCACUCUUCGUCUCUGUGGCAGUGUUGCAAAAACUUUGUUGGUUCUCCACAUCAGCAGAAACUGUAACGAUUGUGACGGUGCUAGUUCUUCUCCUUGGAGUAUUAAUUAUUACAGCGUCGAGGAGAGAAUCGUUGCCAGGUGGAAUCCCGAGCAAAGCCGGGAGAAUUGUACGGUUGCAGAGAAGGAACCGUGUAAGUCAUGAGCUUAACUUAACUCUUGUUUAUUGUACAAGUUACUAUGUUGUUGUAAGAUUUCACCAUCUUAUAUAAAUAAGAUAUUGCUGCAGAAAUAGGGCUGCUGAUUUUGGGCAGGAAUCUGCUGCAUGUGCUGCAUGCACUGUAUCUAAGUAAAAGAUUUACCAGUACUUCUUUCAUAA